AUGUCACCAGCGACAUAUCCCUCAAGUACAGGUGUGCGGCGCUCUCGUCGUCUUGCAGAGCGCCGGGAGGCUUCCGAUACACAGAUGGCUGCUGCCGCGUCAGCCACUAUGUCGGUUCCGCCUCCUGCUCCGCGUCUCGAUAGUGACGACAUCCAGAGCUUUGAUGGACCGCGCCCAGCAUGGCUCACAGGUCAUGAUACCCGUUCAGACACGCUGCCGGCAUCGCCGAAGCGUGGUGAUUCUACGUUCGAGCCCCGUGUGCUUCCCCCGCUUAGCCAGCAUGCUAUGAUGAAUAUGCCGACAGAGGCUGACACUCGUGGCAUGGGACUCAGAUUGCCGAGCCGUCCGCGUGACAAGACUAUACCAUCCUAUGCUGCGAAAGAUAUUGCUGAAGAAGGAGAAGCGUUCCCGAGUGCCUCAGUCGCGUCGCAAACAAGAGGCACAUUUCCCUCAUCCCAAAACAGUUUGAGUCUCGGAAUCGACGACUGGCCACUUUUUGAACCUCUUACCACAUCAUCCCAUUCACGAACCCAGCCACUUGCGUCAGAAGGUCCAUCCUAUUCACGUCUACCAUCUGGACAAGACUCUGAACGACAUGGAUCUUCGAUGCCCACUGCGCCCCAUAUUGGGCCACUUGAAUCGGGCCGUUUCUCGCCAGUAAAUAUGCCAAAGCAUCACAAUGAGCUUGUGCACGCCGAGCACGAGGAUGCAGAAAUCCCACAGCGCCACACAUCUUCUCACAUGCGUCGAUCUGUCUCGAUGCAGCGGGAAAGGCCCCUUUGUCUCGAGGGAAUGCCAAGUGAGACAGGUGUUAUGGGCCUUGGCAUUUCAUUUAGUUCGAAAGAUACGAGGAACAAUCCAGAAAGCAAGAGCAUUGUCGAAAAUAUGACAUCCUCACUGAAAUGCAUGUCUCUUGAAAAGAAGCCAGCGCAAGCAGUAUCGGUGCUCCGAGAACGCCCGUCGAAUACCGCGCCGAAGCGCGUUCCCUUUGCCGAGAAGAAGAAUCCUGUGGAUACGGGGGCAAUGAAAACCAAGAACGGUGUAUCAUCACUCAAGGCCGGCAGCAGUACCCUGGAGCUCCAUGCAUCGGGUCGGAGUGUGCUUGAUGAAAAUGGGAAUCCUAUUGCAUAUACAAUCCCUACAAAGCGGUACACCAUGCCAGUGUCUCGAAAGCCACGCAGCAGCACAUCCCAGUCUGCGAUGCAUCGAGACCGAUCAACGUUUUCGCUUGCGUAUAGCAAGCACGGACGCUUCAAUACUCAGCCGGCGCUUCAUGUUGGGUCGCGCCGUAUGUACGCGCUACGUUAA